GCCUUGGUAUUGAAAACGUAAAUUUAUGUGGAAAAGAUGCUUCUGCUCCGUUACAAAAUAGAAAAACCGAAUGUCGUUUGAUUCUACUAGUUACCAUUUGGAUAUUUGUAAUUAAAAUUACUCAAGUACAGUGUAAUUAAUUUUUUGGCGUUGCCGGGUUAAAAAUGGCGCAAAGAUUUCCCGGACCAAAUGCAAGUAAUAAUGGGCCACCAUCUCAAAGGUAUCCACCGCCAGCUGUACCACCGAAUCUACGUCAAUAUCCUGGACCAAAUUUUCCGAUGCAACAGAGAACUGGGUUUACUCCACCCCCACAAAUGGGUACUGGUGUUCCUGGACCUGGAAUAAUGAGACCUAAUCAGUCAUACUCCAAUAUGAGACAAGGAUCCAUGGCAGCUCCACCGGGUGGUAAAAGAACAGACCAGCGUAUUCCAAUUUCACAACAGAAACCGUAUUUUUGGAACAGUGAUUUUUCACAUUCCACAUCAAAGAAGAAGAAGAAACUGGCAGACAAAAUAUUACCGCAAAAAGUACGUGAUCUAGUACCAGAGUCACAAGCGUACAUGGAUUUACUUGCUUUCGAACGUAAAUUAGACGCGACAAUUAUGAGAAAACGAUUGGAUAUUCAAGAGGCGCUUAAACGUCCGAUGAAACAGAAACGUAAAUUGAGAAUAUUUAUUUCGAACACAUUUUAUCCAGCCAAAGAGGCUGGCGAGGGUGAAGAAGGCUCGGUCGCAUCUUGGGAACUUCGGGUAGAAGGCCGGUUAUUGGACGACACUAAAAAUGAUCCCAAUAAGGUGAAACGAAAAUUUUCGUCGUUCUUCAAAAGUUUGGUCAUUGAACUAGACAAGGAUUUGUACGGACCAGAUAAUCAUUUGGUAGAAUGGCACCGUACACUUACAACUCAAGAAACUGAUGGGUUUCAAGUUAAAAGACCCGGUGAUAAGAAUGUUCGGUGUACUAUUCUUUUACUUCUUGAUUAUCAACCACUGCAGUUCAAACUCGAUCCAAGACUCGCACGACUGCUAGGAGUCCACACCCAAACCCGGCCUGUAAUAAUUUCCGCCCUCUGGCAGUACAUAAAAACCCACAAACUCCAAGACAGUCAUGAACGAGAAUUCAUAAACUGUGACAAAUAUCUAGAACAAAUAUUCGCUUGUCCGCGAAUGAAAUUUGCAGAAAUACCUCAGCGUUUAAAUCCUCUUCUCCAUCCCCCGGAUCCAAUUGUCAUAAAUCACGUCAUCAGUGUCGAAGGAACAGAAACAAAACAAACUGCUUGCUACGAUAUUGACGUCGAAGUCGACGAUACUUUAAAAACUCAGAUGAAUAAUUUCUUAUUGUCAACCGCAAGUCAACAGGAAAUUCAAAGUUUGGACAACAAAAUUCAUGAAACCGUCGAGACAAUAAAUCAACUGAAGACAAAUCGUGAAUUUUUCCUGAGUUUCGCCAAAGAUCCGCAGCAGUUUAUAAAUAAAUGGAUCAUAUCACAGACACGUGACUUGAAGACAAUGACUGAUGUCGUUGGUAAUCCAGAGGAGGAACGUCGAGCUGAAUUUUACUAUCAGCCGUGGGCUCAAGAAGCCGUUUGCAGAUACUUCUAUACAAAGGUCCAGCAAAAACGCGCAGAAUUAGAGCAAGCUCUGGGAAUCAGAAAUUCAUAAGAAUUAUUUUUAUAUCAAUGGAA